CCGUGCCUAUAUAUUAUACAGUUACUGUGUGUAUAGGAUAUGGGGGUGCCUAUGUAUCUGUGCCAGUUGCCGGGGGGGCACUCUAGCUGUACAUUACAGGACUAUGGGAAUGUUGGUCGGAUUCCUCUCAUGGAAGUUAUGAAACACAAACUGUAUGUGGGACACAAGGACACAUUUCCAUCUGUUUGCUGUUCAGCUGCUGAUAAUCCAUAGGAGACUGACUCCUCCUCUCUGCCCCGCAAUGUUCUAUAUAUGUACAGUGUGACUGGCACUCUGGGCUGCAGCUGGCACGGGCACCGCGGGCAAAGAUGCAUCUGACCUGGGCAUUAGCCCUCUGCUUCCUCUCUGUGGUACAAGGAGCGCAGGUUUGCUACGACCGAAUCGGGUGCUUCGCUGAUACCAGCCCAUACGCCGGCACGGUGCAAAGGCCAAUCACCAAGUUACCAUGGGCUCCGGAGAAGAUUAACACCCGUUUCCUGCUGUACACCCGGUCCAACCAGAACAGCUUCCAGACAAUCAGCGCCAUAACCCCCUCUUCUAUCUCAUCAUCGAACUUCCGCACCAGCAGGAAAACCCGAUUCGUUAUUCAUGGGUUUACGGACAGCGGGACUUCAUCGUGGCUCACAGACAUAUGCAAGAAACUCUUCGUAAUAGAAGACGUGAACUGUAUCGCUGUCGACUGGAGCGGUGGCUCCCGCACCCUGUACUCCCAAGCCUCCAAUAACGUGCGGGUGGUGGGGGCAGAAGUGGCCUAUUUUGUAAAGAUCCUUCAGAGUAACUUUGCCUAUUCCCCGGCCAAUGUGCAUCUGAUCGGGCACAGUUUGGGCGCUCACGCGGCCGGAGAGGCAGGGAAGAGACAGAAAGGCAUCGCUAGGAUCUCCGGCCUGGACCCAGCCGAGCCUUACUUCCAGAACACCCCCGCAGAAGUCCGGCUGGAUACCUCCGACGCGGCUCUGGUCGAUGUCAUUCACACUGAUGCCGGCCCUUUGGUCCCAAGCCUUGGGUUUGGAAUGAGCCAAGUGAUUGGCCACCUGGAUUUCUUCCCUAACGGAGGGGUUCACAUGCCAGGGUGCCCCCAGAAUAUUGAGAUCCCAAACGUCAAUGUGGAAGAUAUCUGGAACGGGGUUGUUAACUUUGUUACCUGUAACCACAUGCGCGCUAUCAAGUACUACACAGACAGUAUCGGCAACUCGGGCACAUUCGCCAGCUACCCCUGCGCCAACUGGGACACCUAUCAGAGGGGGAGCUGCAAAUCCUGCCCCAGUGCCGGAUGCCCCAAGAUGGGUCACUACGCAGACACUUACCGGGGCGUCACCUCCUCCAGCCAAGUCUUUUAUCUCAGCACCCCUUAAUCCAACUCAGCACCCCUUAAUCCAACUCAGCACCCCUUAAUCCAACUCAGCACCCCUUAAUCCAACUCAGCACCCCUUAAUCCAACUCAGUACCCCUUAAUCCAACUUGGCGCCCCAACAGCCAAUCGAAAACCUCGUCUCCAAUUAAAGCUUUAGUGCUCAA